GCUGACAAAAUGGCGCUGGAUGACUCGAGCCAAGUGUCAAAGGUCGUUUACUCGCGCGAUAAAUAAUAAAUUUUUCGUACGGACGGGCUCGACUAGGCCGAUCAAGCGCGUCCCGUGCUCGCCGACGUAUGCUGUCCUGGUCGUGACACCCUGUCCCGGGCGGAUCUUGCGGCGGAGAGGGAGACAUGAGUACCCACUAUGGAGGUGAUCGAAUUAUUUAAUAAGUUCAACGAGAGCCUGGGAUCGUACAUACUUUCAAGAUGGAUCGGCAGGUUCAUAGAGGAAUACCAAACGUCGAGGACCAUCUUCGUCGUGGCCAUCGUCCUGCUCCUCAUUUUCCUGAUCGCGUCGAUCUUCGUGGUGCGCAAAUGGAAGAACAAGGAGUUCCUGCCGGAGGUGAAGGAGUUCGUCGGGGUGGGCACGGGGAAGCCGAGGUUCAGGAAGAGGGACAAGGUUCUCUUUUACGGCAGGAAGAUGCUGCGCAAGGUCAAGUCCAUCGGUGGUCAGGUGCACGCCACCGGACAGGGGAAGAAAAGACGGGCGGUCAUGAGAUUCGCCCGUCGACUGUUGCAGCUUAAGAAGGACACUGUCCCGCAGCAGCUCAAAGUGCUGGAACCACCGGCGGAAUACCUGGAGGAGGACUUGGGGCCCGGCGAGCGAGUGCCGCCGGACGCUCUGUACAUGCUGCAGAGCAUCAGGGUCUUCGGCCACUUCGAGAAGCCCGUGUUCCUGAAAUUGUGCAAGUACACGGAGAUCAUGAACCUGCCCGCCGGCAACACGCUGUUCAAGAUCGGGGACCCCGACGAGAAUUUGUUUAUAGUCCAGCAGGGUUUGGUCAACGUGUACAUCACCGGACCCGACGGCGCUCAGAUCUCGUUGAAAGUCGUAAAGACGGGCGAGUCCGUUACCAGUCUUCUUAGCUUUACCGACGUACUUACCGGGCAUACGAGCACAUACAAAACUGUAUCGGCAAGAGCCGUAGAGAAUUCUGUUGUAGUAAAGUUACCAAUGAGCGCGUUCCAAGAAGUAUUUCAAGAUUAUCCUGACGCCUUUGUUCGAGUUAUCCAGGUCAUUAUGGUAAGGCUGCAGAGGGUUACCUUCACCGCUCUCCAUCAAUAUCUCGGCCUCUCCGCGGAAUUGGUCAAUCAGGGGUCGCACAAGAAGAAACAGAGUCCGUUCUCCGGUUCGCCGGUACGAUCGAGAACGAGAGAGAGCUUCGCCUGGCAGAGCACCGAGACCGCACCUGGUGUAUUCCCAGCCGGUACGUCGGACGUGCACGAUUCCAGCGACCUUCCUCAGCGCGAUACAUCUGGCACAAGCGCCUCUCAACCUGUGCCCAUCGCGAACCGACGGGCGAGGAACAGUGUCGACUGGAGGAACCAGAGCUCUUUCUCGCAGGCGGGUAAUGAAAAUUCGGCAGAGAUGGUACCAGAAUGCGACUCUCACUGGACAACACCACCCCCUGCGGCGACUUCUCAAUCCACACACGGAUCGCAUCCGGAAUCCUCUCAUUCGGGAAGUACUUAUUCCAGUAAAAUCAAACGCCAGAUCAGCGAGACGGGGCAGCAGCAGCAGCAGCAACAGCUGGAUGAAGCGCAGCUCGUGCAAAUAGCCACUGACGCGUUCGUUCGUGAACUUGGUAUAGAGGACGAGACGGUGCUCAAAGACAAGGUUCAGAUCAGGGAAGUGCCGGUUGGUACUUAUCUGAUGAAGGAGGAGUCUCACAAGGAUGUCGCACUCGUGUACGUGCUCUCGGGCUCGCUGAUAGUAAGCCAACGCGUAUCGGAGGGCCGAGACGCUGGUCAAGAAGUGCACAUGUUCAGCGCUCAUCAGGGUGAAAUUGUCGGCGGUUUGGCAGUGCUAACCGGCGAACCAUCCUUUUACACAAUUAGAGCGAAGCAUGCCAGCCGUAUCGCGUUACUCAGCAAAUUGACGUUCUUCGCUAUCAUGCGGGAUCAGCCUACAGUCGUGUUGCACGUGGCAAAUACCGUCGUUCGCAGAUUAAGUCCUUUCGUAAGACAGGUGGAUUUCGCUCUCGACUGGUUGUUUCUUGAAAGCGGUCGAGCCGUUUACAGACAAGGGGAUGAGUCGGAUUCGACGUUCAUUGUGUUAAGUGGACGAUUGCGAUCGGUGAUCACUUACAAAAACGGCAAAAAGGAACCGGUAGCGGAAUACGGAAAAGGUGACCUGGUAGGAAUCGUAGAGAUGGUCACGCAGACUCCCAGGUCGACGACAGUUAUGGCGGUUCGGGAUUCUGAGCUGGCGAAGCUACCGGAAGGUUUAUUCAAUGUGAUCAAACUCAGAUAUCCGAUUGUCGUCACGAGAUUAAUAAAUCUUCUUGGUCAUCGCAUACUCGGCAGUUGGCAGCAACCGCAUGCAAAAAACGGCAGCAAUGAUACUCAACGAGCUGCAGCAACGGUUGACGCUAGACCCGCGCAAAUUAAUUUCUCGACUGUUGCCAUAGUGCCGGUGUCGGACGAUGUACCACUGACUGCUUUUACUUAUGAAUUGUAUCAUUCUUUAUGUGCCAUUGGACCCUGUCUUCGCCUAACGUCAGAUGUCGUAAGAAAGACUUUAGGAACGACUAUCAUGGAGCCUGCAAACGAGUACCGAUUAACUUCCUGGCUCGCACAGCAGGAAGAUCAGCACAGAAUCUCUCUGUAUCAAUGUGAUUCAAGUUACACGCUGUGGACUCAGCGAUGCGUGAGACAGGCAGAUUGUAUUCUUAUCGUGGGUCUGGGCGAUCGGCCGCCAUCGAUUGGCCGGACAGAACGUGAGAUAGAACGGCUGGUAAUGCGAACGCAGAAAGAACUAGUGCUAUUGCACAGGGAGCAGAAUCAACGACCGACGAACACCGUUCAGUGGUUGAACAUGAGAUUGUGGGUAUCCAGCCACCAUCACAUCCAGUGCCCGAAGCGGAUGUUCACCAGGAGAUCGCAGUAUAGAAUUAACGAGUUGUACUCCAAGGUGCUCAUGUCGGAGCCAAACGUACACAGCGAUUUCAGUAGACUAGCGCGAUGGCUGACCGGCACCUCGGUCGGUCUCGUCCUAGGUGGAGGCGGUGCGAGAGGCGCUGCUCACGUUGGCAUGCUGAAGGCCAUCAUCGAGGCAGGUAUACCUAUAGAUAUGGUCGGCGGUGUCAGCAUCGGCGCCUUCAUGGGCGCGCUGUGGUGCAUGGAAAAGAACAUCACCACUACCACACAAAAGGCUAGAGAGUGGUCCAAGAAAAUGACGCAGUGGUGGCGGCAGAUCAUGGACUUGACUUAUCCGAUGACUUCGAUGUUCUCCGGUAAAGAUUUUAACAAGACAAUACAGCAGACUUUCGGCGACACACAUAUAGAGGACUUGUGGCUCCCGUAUUUCACUAUAACCACAGACAUCACGGACUCCUGUAUGCGCACGCAUAGACACGGUUUGCUAUGGAGAUAUAUUCGCGGCAGUAUGACUAUCGCGGGGGUCUUUCCUCCGAUUUGCGAUCCCCUUGACGGGCAUCUUUUGGUCGACGGGUGUUAUGUUAAUAACGUGCCAGCUGACGAGAUGCUGCGGCAAGGAGCACAUCACAUUCUGGCCAUCGACGUCGGCUCACAGGACGACACAGACUUGACGAAUUACGGGGACUCGUUGUCCGGCUGGUGGUUAUUGUGGAAGCGGUGGAAUCCAUUCGCCACACCUGUAAAGGUGCCAAAUCUACCGGACAUCCAGUCGAGACUGGCGUACGUGAGCUGCGUACGUCAGCUAGAAGAGGUGAAGAGUUCGGAUUAUUGCGAGUACAUCAGACCGCCGAUCGACAGGUACAAGACCCUCCAGUUUGCCAAUUUCGACGAGAUCAAGGAUGUGGGGUACCAUCACGGGAAAACGUAUUUCGAGGGGCAAUCGAAAGCCGGAGUUCUGCCUCGAUUCAACGCGGAUCGAGAAAACGCGAGAGCUAUGCAAGCGAAAUACCAAGCAGCUAAUCAACAGUCACCCUCUUCGUACACUUUCACCGAUCUCGCGCAGAUGGUGUGUAAAGUUUCGCGUGGUAGCCGAUACAUCGAUCUCGACGAUUCAGAUUCGGACGAGGAGCUAGAGGAGUUCGAGGCGGACCUGGAGGAAGAUGCGCAGGAAGUAGGAUACGCGUCCGAGCCCACUGCCGGUAUUUUAGAUCAGAGCCCUGAGGAUAAUCGCCUGAGACGAAGAACUGGCGUUUCACUUAGUCUAUCCGAUACCGAGGCAGAGUCGGAACUAGACUACCAUCCAAAGAUUUUUUGAAUACUUAUUUACAAUUAUCCGCGCGCGCGCGAUAUCGUAUCUGCAUAUUACUCGCUCAGUAAAAUGAAGUCAACGUAAUUUUCUUGCCAACAACUUACUCGAGUGCACUGCGAGCGAUUGACCUAUAUUGAAGUACAAAAGCAAUUGUUGCAAAUAUAUAACCAUGGAACGUCGCUCUGAAAUUAUCACACGAUGCGAUACGUGUCGCUUUAACAUUAUAAGUAAUUAAUAUGAUUGUUACUAUUAAUAUUAUGUUAAAUAUAAUUCUACGAUUUCUAAAAAAAAA